AUGGGUUCACUCGGCACAAGCCAGCUUACAGUUGACUGGCAUACUGUGCUGAAAGGGGAUACCGACCCGUACUCAGCUUCGUGCGUGGCGCAUACAGCAUCUGACGAUGUCGUGGAUCAUGAAUUCUCACCAUUGCGUGGGCAUGUUUCCGACAGUCAACUGUCGUCCUUGAUCCUCUCUGCAUGGGGAUUGGUCGUCAGCCGACAGUUGGGUUCUGACGACACUGUGAUAUUUGAUGCUGCACUGCAGAGCUGGACAAACCGAGGCAUGUUUGUUGUACCGCUCUGCGUUGAAACCGCAGGCGAGAAGACUAUUUCUGAAUACCUUCUAUCCGUGCAGCGGCAGCAUGAAGACGCAAGAGGACAGUUGAAGGUGAAUGGCCUAGAUGGGUCUGCAACCACUGAACUCAAAGUACUACUCGUUAUUCGUCCAUCAGACAACACCUCGGAACAGCUUCCUGCACUCCAGAUGCAAGAUCUGUCGAUGAAGUAUCCUUUCGUCGUUGAUCUGCAUCGAAGUACCAAAGGACUCAAUGGGAAAGCAAGUUUCACGUCGACUCUAUUCAAACCCUCUUUGGUCAAAGCUUUGUUCCAGCGCCUUGAGCAUACGAUGCAUCAGCUUGCUAAUGCCAAUGCCGAAAGUAAACUGGCGGAAGUAGAAAUGGUCACACCUCAAGAUCUCAACAUAAUCUGGCGCUGGAACCAACACGUUCCUGAGCAGAUCAAACGAUGUGUUCAUGACAUCUUCACAGACAUUGCAGCUUCUCAGCCUGAUGCACAGGCAGUCUGUUCUUGGGAUGGCGAGCUGACAUACGGUGAGCUCGAUAGGCUUUCUACGGCCUUGGCUCGGAAGCUUUCAUCCUCUGGUGUGCAAGUCGGCACUAUAGUGCCGCUGUGCUUCCACAAAUCUAUGUGGACAAUAGUCGCAUUACUCGGUGUUCUGAAGGCCGGGGGAGCCUUUCUCCUCCUGGACCCAUCACUCCCGGAGAAACGACUCCAAUACAUGGUCCAGACCGUCAACCCAAACCUGAUAUUGGCCUCCAAGUCUAAUCUCGACCUGGGAUCGCGACUUGCCGAAGCAGUCUUUGUCCUCGAACCCGAGAGCCUGAAAGAGCCUGCUCAGAACUCGGACUGGCCGUCAGCCCAGCAGAGCCCGACAUCUUUGAUGUACGUGAUUUUCACCUCCGGAAGCACGGGGAUACCAAAAUGUGCCAUGAUCUCGCACGCCAACGCCGCUUCAGCAUUUCACCACCAGUCUGAAGUCCUCCGAUUCGACACAAAGUCCAGAAUCCUCGACUUUUCCUCAUAUAGCUUCACCACAACUAUCAGCAAUGUCUUCGGGGCUCUGCUUCUCGGUGGCUGUCUGUGCGUUCCGAGUGAAGACGAUCGACGAAACAGACUGGCCGAGGUCAUCAGAUCCCUUGAGGUCAACAUUGUAGACCUGACGCCAUCCGUUAUGCAGUUUCUGGAUCCUGAUGAAGUGCCCGACCUACGGGUUAUCAUCUUUGGGGGUGAAGCUAUAUCUACACGAGAGGUUGCUCGAUGGUGGGGCAAAGUGCACACUAUCCACUUGUACGGUCAGAGCGAGUGCACUUCGAAUGCAGUCAUCAAUGGGAAUCCCACCAGCAUGAAUGACGUUCUCCGUAUUGGUACGGGGUCGGGGUUGAACACCUGGAUCGUGGAUCCAGAGAACCACAACAGGUUGCAGCCUGUUGGAUACAUUGGUGAGCUGUUGCUCGAGGGGCCACUCGUGGGAUGUGGCUAUAUGAAUCAGCCUGAGGAAACUGCUGCGGCGUUCAUAAAUGAUCCCGACUGGCUCCUCAAAGGAGUCACGAGUGGCUCGGCGGUAUCUAACAUCCCUGGAAGGCAUGGUCGCUUGUACAGAACGGGGGACCUCGUUCAGUACAGUGACGACGGAACCCUUAGGUUCUUGGGACGCAAAGAUGCACAAGUCAAGAUCAGAGGCCAAAGAGUUGAACUUGGAGAAGUUGAACAUUGGCUCAAGAAGCUCUCAAGUUCGAACAGGGCCGUAGCCGAAGUCAUAACACCACAAGGAACUGAUACAAGUCCGACUUUGGUGGCAUUCCUGGAAGGCGAGACAGCAGAGGCUGCGGAAGCCGUCGCCUCUCGUUUGCCUGCGGACCUGGAGGCCAAGCUCAGUCAUCAUCUUCCGGUUUAUAUGAUACCAGCCACCCUUUUUACCAUGAAUUCUAUCCCCGUAACGGCUACUGGAAAGGUCAACCGCAAAGAAUUGCGCCAGAUAGCCGCCUCGAUGUCGGCCGAGCAGCUCGCUCAGCUACGAACAUCGGCCGGACCCAAAUGGCAACCUACUUCUGACAUGCAGAAGACUAUGCAAUUGCUAUGGAGCCGAGUACUCAAGAUUGAACCUGUUCAUAUCGGACUAGAUGAUAGUUUCUUCCAUCUUGGAGGUGACAGUGUUGCUGCUAUCAAAUUGGUUGGUGAGGCACGCAAGGCUGGCAUCAAGCUGGAAGUUGCAGACAUCAUUCGACACCCAGUCCUUCAUGAUUUGGUUGAUACAAGUGUGCAUGAGCUGGACCAAGUCCAUGCAUUCAUCCCACCUUUCGCUCUCCUGGAGAAUUCAGUCGAUGUCAGGUCGUUCCUCGACGAUGUCGCGAGCCGUCAUGGCAUAGAUCCAGUCAAGAUCCAAGAUGCCUACCCAUGCACCCCCCUGCAAGAAGGCUUGAUAUCUCUGGCCUCUGCAAGACCAGGCGCAUGUGUAGAACAAUCUGUGCUGGAACUAGCGCCGCACAUCUCAGAGCAUGACGUCCAAGCUGCAUGGUCAAAGGUUGUUUGCACGAUGCCCAUUUUACGUACCAGAUUUGUGCAUCACGACACCUUGGGAAUUAUCCAAAUUGUCCUUGACGAAAAUAUUCAUUGGGCCACAUUUACAGGGUUGGAUGAGUAUCUUGAAGCAGAUAGAAGGAACAUCAUGGACUUCGGUCAACCAUUCAGUCGCUUUGCCUGGAUCAAAGAGAAUGAGGGCACCAAGAGAUGGCUCGUGUGGACGGCACAUCAUGCUCUCUACGACGGAUGGUCAGUUGGUUUGAUCAAGGAUGCAGUCCUCGACGCACUUGGAGGGGUACUAGUCGAGCCAGGGCCCCAAUUCCAAUCCUUCAUCCAGCACAUCAACAAGAAGGAUCCCCAAAGGGUGUCUGAGUACUGGAAGCGUGUUUUUCAUGACUGCGGUUCCGUAACAUUCCCAACUCUACCGCCAUCGAUAGACCAACCGGUAGCAGACACGAUCGUGCAGCAUGACUUUUCGCAGCCCAAGCGGCUCUCAAACGGCAUCACAACCACGGCUUUGAUCCACGCGGCAUGGGCCCUGGUCAUAGGACGCAUCAACGCUUCGGACGAGGCAGUCUUCGGUGUCACAACGUCGGGAAGAAAUGCUCCGGUAGACAGGGUAGAAGCUAUUGUGGCUCCAACCUUUGCGACAAUUCCACUUCGCGUCAACCUGUCUUGUUCCCAAAAAGUAUCAGAUUAUGUGAACACCAUCCACCAACAUUCAGCAGACGUGGCGGCUUUUGAACAAGCAGGACUGCACAACAUCGCAAGGAUGUCACCUGGUUGUAAGAAUGCAUGCAUGUUUCAAUCGCUUCUCGUCAUUCAACCAGACAGAUCUGGCAGCACAGGACAAGAUGAGGGGCUAGGUGUUUGGAAGGCACUUCCUCAGCAUCGCUGGCUCAACACGUAUGCCCUUACGCUUGAGAUACGUAUUGGUGAAAAGGAAAUCCACAUAAGUGCUAGUUUCGAUCAAAGAGUGGUUGAAUCGUCCAUGGUUCGUGGAUUGUUAAGCCGUCUCGAAUAUGGAAUGCAGCAACUUGACAACGCCUAUGACUCAGUCACGACGUUGAAAGAGGUCAACAUAACAACACCCGAUGACCUGGACCUGCUGUGGACUUGGAAUAGUCAAUAUCCUGCGUCAUAUGAACUGUGCGCCCAUGAACUCAUCCGACAACACGUCAUCGCCCAGCCUAACGCGCCAGCAAUAUGCGCCUGGGAUGGUGGGCUCACGUACAUGGAAUUGGACAAUCUAACUACAAAGAUUGGCCACCAUCUCGUCGAUGCUGGCAUACAGCCCAACACUCUGAUUCCACUAUGCUUCGAAAAGUCAAUGUGGACAGCUGUGACCAUGCUAUCUGUUCUCAAGGCCGGCGCAGGCUUUGCACUCCUGGAACCCAGCCUGCCAGCAGAGCGUCUCCACACUAUUGUUGGUCAGUUGGAGACGGACGUGAUAAUAUCCUCAUCCUCAAAUGUCGUGCUAAGCUCACGGCUGUGUAAAAGAGUCAUUGAGAUAAGUUCAGAGGUGGCCGCUUCUCUCGACUCUGCAUCUGGCGAGAUAAGCUUGCAAAGCCCCUCAAAUAUAAUGUUCGCAGUGUUCACAUCGGGCACCACAGGAAAGCCCAAAUGUGUGACGCUGACACAUAGCAACUUUUGCUCCAUGCUGAAGCAUCAGUGCAAACUUCUUGGAUUCCACAAUAAAAUCAGGGUAUUUGACUUUGCCGCCUACUCCUUUGAUAUUGCGGUGCAUAAUGUCUUUGCUACGCUUGCCUCGGGCGGUUGCUUAUGUGUUCCUUCAGACAAAGAUCGUUGGGGCGAUCUUACAAAGGCUAUGGCGGAUAUGAGGGCCACUGUCGUUGAUCUCACGCCUUCCGUGGCGCGCCUCGUUGAUCCAGCUGGUGUACCAUGCCUUGAAACGGUCAUUCUAGGUGGAGAGGCUGUAGCGCUGGAAGAUGUCACUCGUUGGUGGGGUCGCGUGAGAGUUGUCAAUAUCUACGGGCCUGCAGAGUGUCAAAUCAGUACCAUCAAUGCAGAUGCCUCGACGCCAGCGGAGGCAACCAGAAUAGGAAAAGGAGCUGGGUUGUUGACCUGGGUAGUAGACCAGCAUGACCAUGAGGUCUUUGUACCUCCGGGAUACGUUGGCGAACUGCUUCUUGAAGGUCCACUCGUUAGCCGCGGCUACCUUGGUAACUCAGAGCAGACCGCCGCUAAAUUUAUCCAAGAUCCGAAAUGGCUCUUGAAUGGUAGUAAUGGUCAAGCGGGUCGCCGUGGAAGAAUGUACAAGACAGGCGAUUUGGUACGGUUCAACCACGAUGGAAGCUUGUCUUACGUUGGGAGAAAAGAUACACAAGUCAAGAUUCACGGACAGCGAGUUGAACUUGGAGAGAUUGAGGUUUACGUCCAGAGGUGCAUGCAGGAGAUGACGACAGUGAUUGCCGAGGUCAUCUUACCACGCGGAGAGACACCAAGCCCCAUGCUGGUCAUCUUCCUCAAAGCGAAUGAGGGCAUCAUGUUCAAUGAGGAUGCUUCUAGUCCUGCCGACGCCAAAAUUCUUCCUGUUCCUUCAGACAUAUAUCUCAAGCUGUCCAAGCGCUUGCCCAGACAUAUGAGGCCGAGCGCCUUCAUCUACCUCCCCAAGCUACCUACAUCAAGUACGGGGAAGACCGACCGCCGAGAGCUAAAAAGAAUCGGAGCAACUCUCUCUGUCCAAGACUUGGUGAGGAAGCAAACUUCAGGGCAUGACUUGAAGAGGCAGCCGACUUCGGAUGUCGAGCGCAAGAUGCAGGGGAUCUGGGCUGAUGUACUAGGCGUGAAGCCAGACAUUAUUGGAUUAGAUGAUGACUUUUUUCAACUUGGAGGCGACUCAAUUGCUGCGCUCAAGGUUGUCAGAAAAGCUCAGCAGGCUGGGAUAAAGAUGACCGUCAUGGAUAUUUUCAAGCAACCAACGCUAUCUACUCGGCUAGGUACAGAUUCCACCCGAUAG